ACGCCCGAAAUACCCAUUUUGCUCCGCGUACUUUCAACAACGCUGCCUGCUCUCAUCGAGCAGCUUGCUGCCAAGCCUGCCGCCAAACCCGUGAAGCUCCUCGUCAUUGAUACUCUAACAGAGUUGUUCCACUCGCAUGCCAGGGUCUCCACUGCAACGUUAAGCCAAAGAUCCAAGAGUCUAAACGAAAUUUCUGCCCUCCUGCAUUCCAUCGCAAGCAAAUACCAGAUCGCUGUGCUAGUCCUAAAUGAAGUCAUGGACGUCAUGGAUCGAGAUCCUAGCGCGGAUCCAGACGACUCGUACGAUCUCGUUUACCGAGACCAAGCGCAGUUCUUCAACCGAGCGGAUAGCAUACCGGGCGAACGGCGAAAAGAAGCCAGCAUGGGCCUCGUUUGGGCAAACCAGAUCAAUGCGAGAAUCAUGUUGAGUCGUACCGAACGGCUUCGCCAUCUGGAGGAUACAGAACAUCGCAAGAGGAAGCGACGGCGCGUAGAAGAUCAAUCGUCCUCCAAUGAUCAGCUUACCCGUAUCCGCCGUCUAAGCGUCGUCUUCAACCAUGUCGCUUCCCCGCAAUCGCUCGACUAUAUUGUUACCGAUGAGGGAAUCGCUACCCUACCUGAGACUGCCGAAUUCGAUCCUCCUCCACCUCCAAUGGCGCCGGCCGUUGUGCCUGCAAAUCCCUUAGCAGUACGC